AUGGAUUCCGGUUCCGCUUCGGGCGGCCCCUUGCCCACGGUUACUCGUGCCGCCAUUCAUAUACCCUCUCCUCCCCCCCCAACUUCUCAUAACCUUUCUCAUAACCUUUCUCGCAACACUCCUCGCUCUCACACGUCUUCUCUCCUCGAUUCUUAUUCUUCAGAUUUCGCCAGACAGCAGGCGGCUAAGCAACUUCACUCCAACUACCACUCAUCCUCACUGUCAACUUCCCUCAAAACAAUGUUGGCCACUUCUGUGAACCGGACUGCCCUGCAUCCCAGUGGCGUCAAGCCUGGUGUGGGGCACACUGAGCUCGAAGAAGAACUCCACGAGACUGCGCACAUCGACUACGAACGUGUUUCGAUUAUUGCCAACCCUGCCGUUGCUUCCCUCUACGAAGAUGCCCUCGUCUACGAAACAGGCACCGCCAUCACCUCCAGCGGUGCCCUGACUGCCUACUCGGGUGCGAAGACUGGCCGGUCUCCCCUCGACAAGAGAAUCGUCAAGGAGCCUUCAUCGGAGAAUGAAAUCUGGUGGGGUCCUGUCAACAAACCAAUGACUCCAGAUGUAUGGAGAAUCAACCGAGAACGCGCUGUCGACUAUCUCAACACAAGAAAUCGAAUUUAUGUCAUUGAUGGCUUUGCCGGCUGGGAUGAGCGUUACAGAAUCAGCGUCAGAGUUGUCUGCGCUCGCGCAUACCAUGCUCUGUUCAUGCGCAACAUGCUCAUCCGUCCCUCCCGCGAGGAGCUCAAGUCUUUCCACCCCGACUACGUGAUCUACAACGCUGGUUCAUUCCCCGCCAACAGAUGGACCGAGGGAAUGACCUCGGCUACUUCCGUGGCCAUCAACUUUGCCGAAAAGGAAAUGGUCAUUCUUGGCACUGAGUACGCUGGAGAGAUGAAGAAGGGCGUCUUCACUGUGCUGUUCUACGAGAUGCCCGUAAAACACGGCGUCCUCACACUCCACUCGUCGGCCAACCAAGGUGCGGACGGUGAUGUCACUGUCUUCUUUGGUCUGUCUGGAACUGGCAAGACUACCCUGUCAGCCGAUCCAAAGCGCGCUCUCAUUGGUGACGACGAGCACUGCUGGACUGACCGUGGUGUCUUCAACAUUGAGGGAGGGUGCUAUGCCAAGUGCAUUGGUUUGUCAGCGGAGAAGGAGCCGGACAUUUUCAAUGCCAUCCGUUUCGGAUCCGUCCUCGAGAAUGUCGUCUUUGACCCCACUACUAGAGUAGUCGACUAUGAUGAUUCCACCCUCACUGAGAACACCCGAUGCGCCUAUCCAAUUGAAUACAUUGAAAACGCCAAGAUUCCCUGCCUUGCUGAUCAGCAUCCGAGAAACAUCAUCCUUCUCACCUGCGAUGCUCGUGGUGUCCUCCCACCUAUUUCUAAGCUCAACACCGAGCAGACAAUGUUCCACUUCAUCUCCGGUUACACCUCGAAGAUGGCCGGCACAGAAGACGGCGUCACGGAACCUCAAGCCACUUUCUCCUCCUGCUUUGCCCAGCCUUUCCUCGCCCUCCAUCCCAUGCGCUACGCGCGCAUGCUCGCCGACAAGAUCGCCGAACACAAGGCCAACGCCUGGCUCCUGAACACUGGCUGGGUCGGAGCUGGCGCCACAACAGGUGGCAAGCGCUGCCCACUCAAAUACACCCGCGCCAUCCUCGACGCAAUCCACAGCGGCGAGCUCGCCAAAGCCAACUACGAAGUCUAUGACGUCUUCAACCUUUACGUGCCUACUUCUUGCCCUGGCGUCCCCAGCGAGCUGCUGAAUCCCAAGAAGAGCUGGACCGCCUCGACAUCCUUUGAGGGUGAGGUGAAUAAGCUGGCCGUGCUGUUCAAUGAGAAUUUCAAGAAGUAUAGCAGUGAGGCUACGAAGGAGGUUCUCGCCGCUGCACCCGUUGUUACUUCGAAAGGCACCAAGGGUGUUGGAGCUGCUCCUGCUAAGGUCAAUGGCACCCCGACUCCUGCGUGA